AUGGGCCUACAGGGAGAGGGUACGGACCUAGAGGGAGAGGGUAAGGACAUGGACCUACAGGGAGUGGUUAAGGACCUACAGGGAGAGGCCCAACCAACUAAUAUAGAGAAACAUAACAACUUUUCUACAUCUAACACUGCUCAUAACUGUGGUUCAGAUUUCCAGCCCCUACCCUCUCCCCCUCGCUCCUCUCUGCCCUCUCCCCCUCGCUCCUCUCUGCGCUCCGGCCGCUCUCCAACCCACUCCAGAGACCGAGGCCGGGUGACCUUCGCUCAGGACUGUUCCAGUGACAACACCACCUCUGAUGUGUUAACACCUGACCCGCAGAACCUCCAGCCCAACCUCCAGCCUAACCUCCAGCCCAACCUCCAGCCCAACCUCCAGCCCAACCUCCAGCCUAACCUCCAGCCCAACCUUCAGCUCAACCUCCAGCCUAACCUCCAGCCUAACCUCCAGCCCAACCUCCAGCCCAACCUCCAGCCCAACCUCCAGCCGUAUGAUGCCCAACUGGGCAGGGGACAGGCACCAUGGACCCCUCCAUUGGGGACAGACCCAGAGCCACAAGACCCAGUACAGGCCCCGAAAGCCUGGGCCCCUGAGUGCAGCCAUGCCCAUUGGCCCUCCCUCUCCUCCAGCUUGACUCCAGUACUCCAGCCCCUGGCUCCACCUCCCAGAGAUACAGACUUGGAGUCCCGGACCAGCAGACUGCUGAGGCUCCCCUCAGACCUGUAUGUAGCCACUCACCGAUUAGACGACUCCACUGUCCUCCGGCGGUUCCCUGAAGGGGCCAGUCGGUGCCAGAGUCCAGCCCCACGGAGUGUCUCUGUGGACAGGCUGCUGGAUCACCAGAGCCCCAGGCUUCAGCAGGCCUCCAGGAUACAACAUGGAGGAUCUCCCCAGAGACAGAGCAUGGAGCAGGGCUGUCUGGCUGCUCUUACUCCCCCUGGUCCGGUAGACUACACUGGGCAGACUGCCGGGUCCUGUCUCUACUCUCCCUCUGGUCAGAGCUCCAGACGAGGGUUUAGUGACUACCUCUCUGUACCCAGGACUCCAUCACCUCAGCCUGGGGUGGCAGAGCUCUCCUCCUCCCUGAGAGGACUCCUGAACCUGGUGGAUCAGCACUGGGCUGGCACACGCUCCCUACACCUCAACCCCAGCUUCCUGGGUCAGGCCUACGACCUGCUCUCUGCCCUGGGAUCACCUCCUGCUACUUCCUGUCUGACAGAGACAGAAGAAAAGAGAGAAGGACAGAACAGAGGAGGACAAGAACAGAGUGAGAGUCAUGUUGAUGUGACUCCACAGUGCAGUGAGGUAGCUCUCCUGAAGAGGAAGCUGUCCUUCACACAACAGCAGCUGGAAUCCCUGAAGAAAAGGCUUGUCGAGGCACUGAAAGAAAACUACAACUUGAGACUAACCAGCCUGAAGCAGGACUCCUCAACCACUGCAGAGACCAACUGUGGCAGGCAUUGGGACAGGUGUCUACAGAGACAGGUGCUAGCUCUGAGAGAGCAGGAGACACACCUGAGACAGCUGGAGCAGACCAUUGUGCUUCUACAGGGCAAGCACAGGUCUUUGGUGUCCAAUAAUAACUCUCUGUUGGGACAUCUAAAUGAACACAUAACAGAACAAACUAAUCUAAUGAGUUCAACAUUGAACAUCAAUUCAAGCCUUUGA